ACAAACCCUAAAAUGACUGCCAAAUUACGAUUUAAACAACUUUACAGCUGAAAAAAUACAUGAGUUUUGACUCGUUCAUGAAAAGUGAAUUUAUGACAAAAUCAUUUUAAGAUGCUGUAAAAUUGUUUAUAUAUAGUCACACUGCCGUCACAUGUCAUCUACUCAUAAUGUAGGGAAAACUAUAGUGGGUUUGAAAAAGUAAAAAAAAAAGUUUUUGUAAUAUAUAAAAUCAACAUUUACUAAUGUGAAGUAUUGUAGAGCUGGAACAACGCAACGCGCGCAAGGGAUAAAGGCGGCUGGUGACAAGAGUGCCAGAGAGAGAAUUACAGGCAGCUGCCCUGUAUGUGUUUGUCUUUUUGUUUUGUUUUGUAAUUAAAUAUUAUUUAUAUUGUUAAGCCGGUUCUCGCCUCCUCCUUUCCCUUUCCCUCAACCCUCUUUACAUUGGUGCUGAAACCCGGGAAGGAGGAGGGAUGCUCAUCGCAGAGUCCUCCACACUGCCGUCACCCAGGGGAGUGCGGCUGCCAUCCGCAGGCCGAGUGGGGACUGGACUCCCGGCCGCCUGGCGCGAUGGAGCCUCUGCCAGGGGCGGAGGAGUGCCCUCCCGUCCUUCAGAAACGUGGAGGGGUCGAGAGAAGACCGCCGUCCGUGAUGGGAGGAGGGAAGCGACUCUACGACCACCUGGAGCGGUAGGGCGUUCUGUCCGCUGGUGGUCGGAGGUCUGACCCGCCCGGGGAGGAGCGGCUGCCGUCCGUCUGAGAGGCUGGAGGAGUGACCGAGGACCUCGCGCGGCGCCGUACAGAACCGACCAUGGUCAGAAGAAUAAAAGAUAUAUCCGAACUGGAAGGCUCUGGAUUUGGUCGACCUUGUCCCAGACACGGACUCAAACUCUUGUUCUGGUUCGCUGAUUACUGUAUUUUUAUUUCUAACGAUGACAUGUUCCUCCAGUGUGAUCCAGCGAGGGGACAUUAUGGAUUUCAUUUUUUUGAGAACAGAAGAAACAAACACAAAGUGAAACUUCUCCCAGAUUUAAAUUUUCCCUACUAUGUGGUCGGCAAUAUGAAUUACCCAGGAGCCGACAUGCUUCCGGACUAUGUUGUGGAAGACUACACUUACUGCCGAGAUGACAACAGCAAUGCAGACCGCAUCAUUGUCAGCGUUCAUGAAGGGAACAGGUUUGGGAAGGUUUAUGUGACCACACACAAUGAUUUGUCCAAUUAUGACCCACAUGCCACAUUCCACGUUACCAGAACUCUCCUCAAGAUAAUCAAAUCAUACCUGCGUUUUGAUGACUUUCUGAGGGACACUGGGUAUCAUCCACAGUACCAAGUGAAGAGAUCUAAUAAGCCAGUUGCUCCUUCACCUUGGAGGUAUUAUGACCCAGAUUGUCAUAUUGACAUUGAAUCACCCAGUUCAUACAGCAGUACAGACAUAGAAAAUGAUGCAACAUCACAAGACUCUGAGAACUUCAGGGAGAAGGGUUUGUGUGAACGUUUCUGUACCAUACUUUAAGACAGUUUUUGAUUUGAAGCUCAUAGGGUCUGUUCCAAACCUCACUAUAGGCACUCAUCGUACCCAUACUGUAUGUACCCUUCCACAGGAAGGAAAUCUCAGAAAUCUGUAAUUAACUCAAUUUUCUGUUUAUAUAUAUACUUAUAAUCCAUUUAAAACUGAGAAGUAUCAAUACAAAUAUUGUAAAGUAAAACGCUUUUUAGAGUAUUGCAUCAUUCCUCUCGCGUAUGGGCCUCAUUUUCUGCCUAAUUUUCACCACUUUAUUUUCAGAAAGUCCAGAGAAUUCAAGCUAAUUGUUAAUAAAUGUUAAUUAUCCAGAGUCCAGUUUCUAAUGUUUUGCUGACUGAUUUGUAGAGUAGUCAUAUUAUGUCUUAAAUUACAUUCUUCUUAAUUAAUUGCUCUAAAAUACAAACUUGCUUCACACCAGUCUCUGAUUAACAUGAAAAAUCACGGCUAUUUCUGGGCCAUUUUUGUCUCAAAUAAUGUGAUCUUUGAAUGAU